CUAUGCCAAUUCGAAAUCAUCAUGUUUUCUGGAAUUUCGAGUACACCGAGUCAUGAAACCUUCCGCGGCGACGACACCAUUAAUCUCACCACCGACAUAGACUUCUGGUCCAACGUUAUAGAGGAGAACCUGCUGAACUCGCCACUGACCUUCGACGCGAGUGAGGGUGGUCUGUGGAAUGGCAAAUUCGUCCCACCGCCACCUAGGCCACCCUUCCUAGAGGAGACUGUGUCCUCCGACGGCCUGACCACAUGUGAUUUAUGCAGUUGGGCACGGCGAGAACGAAAUGCAUUUUCAUUGGAUGGACCAAUAAAUGAAUCAUCCGGUGAUUUGGGAUGGGCACUCACCUUAAUAACAGUGUCACUUCUAUCAGCCCUCAUAGGUGCUAUUGUGAUGGUUAUAUUCUUUAGAUGUAGAAGACUUAAAGCUGCCAAUGCCGCUGGUGGUCGUCAAUUGCAAUGGUGGUGUCGUGCACCGCGACAGAAUGUGGCAACCAAUAGAAGUAUGCUGGCCAAACACACGGCGGACAGUGUUCGUGGUUCUCACAGCAAUUCAGGACUGUGGACAUGGCUGAGUACAAGGCGUGUGUCGGUGGGGCCGGAUCAGCUCACGCAAACACAAUCAUCGCCGGCCGAGAAUCACUACACUCAUAUGAAUGAUGCCUACAGCCCGGUGGAGGUGGACGAAGCACUCUACGCGGAACUGGACCGCGAGUCGGUGCAAUCCGGACAGCCGUCGUACCAGAACACGGCCUACAGUGGCUGUGGCGAGAUAUUCUUGCAGGCGGACCAAGAAGUCCCAAUGGUGUCCUCAGCGCCAAGUAGCGCGUACUACUCUGACUUGUCGGUGACGGCGAUGCCACCGGAACGCACGUACGAAGUAGUCGAUUUAACUGUGAUAUCUGCACCACUUCCCAACUGGGAGCCAAGUGACAAUCAUGGUAAUGAGGGCUUCUCACAGGGGAAACGACCAUCACGCCUCGCGGCGAUAAAUGAGAGCUCAACGGUGCCCUCGGAGUAUGUAUGACUGAAAGAUGAUUCACCAUAAGCAAAAUGUGCUCCACCAUGGGAAGAUUUUCCUAUCUUGAGUGUGGAAAACAAGUCUAGGAGCAUGUAUUUAAAUUAUGAAAAUUGUGACGCCGACACCCCCUCACUGUCUAGAACUGUGCAACUGCCCGAGAAGAGUAAGAUAAUUAUUGCAAAGUCGUAUUAUACGUACAUAUACCCAGAGAGAAAAAGUGUCUCUUGUGAAACGAGUUCGACACUCAAUACUGAAUUUCUAUUAGUUGAGGAUGAAAAGAAUUUUUCCAGAGUGAAAUAGGAUAAUAAAUAAAUACAAGCCAUUGAAAGGGGUUAAAACAGAGUGAAGCAUAAAAUUUAUGAUGGCACACAUUUUUUUUAACAAAGUAGACAAAUCCAGCAUUGAUACAACCAUUUUAUGAAUAUAUUUAUUUUGUGCAAUAAAACCAGUAGUUUCAAUUAUAGUGGUAAUAAUAAGACACUCUAUUCGUGAAAUAUAUAGACAUGAUAAAAUUUUUCAGUGUUUUACAUUUUCUGACAGACUUUUAUAUGCGUAGCACUUUUUAAUUAAGAAAUCAUCAUCCGAGUUUCUUCUGUAAUUAAUUCAAAUCCCACCAUUCAAGAUCCACUCUAAAACAAACACCACAAAUACAUUCCGAAACAUUUAGUCACAAUUUGCCAUCUGUGGUGUGCUAAAGCACCUGCCAAGGGGAGACUAUUAAAUUGUUGCUCAGAGACGCCUUUUGUAGCUCGUUUCAUUCCUUUGACAAGAGAAUCUUGUAAAUCUUGAUUAAGAGUGAAAAAACCAAAUGUCUCAUAAAUGCAACAUGUCUUCCCUUGGAAAUUUUUGAAUAGAAUUAGUUGUAAUAAAACUAAUGCAGAGCCUAAUGCAUAUUUAUGACCAAAUGACCACAAAAAUAGUGCGCUUUCACAACAUUCCCAACAAGUGGUGCAAUUUUGAGUAAAUUCAUUCGCAAAUGCACUUAGAAGCAAUAUUAAAUAAAUGUUGUGAUCAUAAAUUACGAUUUUAGCCAUGCACAAAAUUCACUUUGAGCAAUGUUUGUAGAUAUGUUAAAUUCGCAAAAUCGUGUAAUCUGUUGUAUCAUGUAUGCCAAUUGAGAUGAAAUAAAAGACA